AUGCAUUGGGAUGAGGAAAAUGCAGGACGAGAGUAUACUCUCGAAGGCUUACAUUUGGUCGGCUUCCACGGUUUCAAUAUCGGCAUGACAAAGAACAAGGGGAUGUUCAUAUUCGACUGCGACAGCCUCCUCGCAGACCCUCUGGAAAGCAUUGACAUGGAGUAUGCCUCAGUGGUGCAGACGGUGUCCCACGCGUACUUCCACAGCUGGACAAACAACCUCAUGACCAUAAAGGACUGGUCCGAGUUGUCCCACAGAGAGGGUCUAGCAACUUUCAGGGAGAAACUCUUCACUGCUACCUUGGUCCCGCCCGUAGUUACACGUAUGCAAGACUUAAGGAACUUGCUGAACUUUCAGUAUCCGGAGGAUGCGGGCCCUCUGGCUCAUCCCAUUCGUCCCGAAAGCUAUGAGGUAGUGGAUAAUCUGUACACGCCAACGGUGUUUCUCAAGGGUGCAGAAGUCAUGCGCAUGUACCAUACAAUCUUAGGAGAUGCUGGCUUCCGAAAAGGCAUGCUUCUAUACCAACAGACAUAUAAUGGCAAAGCUACAACUUCGGAUGACUUUAGGGAGGCCAUGUCUAGGGCGAACAAGCGCCAACUUGAUCAAUUUGGAUUGUGGUACUCACAGGCAGGCACUCCGGAAGUUAUUGUUGAGGCCACCUCAUUCGAUCCGGUUCGGCACACUUACAGCGUCACUGUGAGGCAGAGGACUCCGCCAUCGCCUGGACAACCGGUUAAAGAGUGGCUCAUGAUUCCCAUGAAUUUCGGGCUAAUCGGCAAAAAAAGCAAAAAGGAUAUCUUAGACCCACCAACUCAGCUGGUUUUGCUCACGGGCGAGUGGCGCACCCUCCGCUACACAGGCAUUACUGAAGACUGUGAACCAUCUUUUUUUCGUGAUUUCUCUGCGCCUGUACGACUUAUCUACGAGAGGACACAUCAACAAUUGGCCUUCAUGAUGGCCUAUGACUCAGACCCUAUCAACAAAUGGAGGGCCGCCCAAGAACUGGCAAUGAGUAUUAUUCUUGCGAGGGCCGCCGAGGCCGUACAGAACCCUGAUGUAAAAUUCCAGCAGCUUCCGUCUAUCUUCGUGGAUUUAAUGAAAGCUAUGCUAUUGAAUAAGCAAACGCUGGGAGCUGUAAAGGCCAUGACUCUGCGGAUGCCAGAAAUGCUUGAACUCCAAGACCAUAUGCGGCCUGCUGACCCGACAGCACUUCACCGGGCAAGGCGAUCCGUGAUUGUGGAUUUAACAAGUGCUUUAAAGAGAGAGAUGCUUGAGCUGUACAAUGAACUGACAAGCCAAGAGGAGAACUCCGCACUGGAGGAAGUCAGUCGACGGCCGCUACGGAACGAGCUACUAAUGUACCUCACCUCGCACAGAGACAGAGAGGCGGCAACGAGAGCCUUUGAGCACUUCGCUAGCUCACGGUGCCCGUCGGACACGUUUUACGCGGUGUACGCACUUGCCAGCAUGAUAUACCCAGAAGGGCACAUCGCGCUCAAUAAACUAUAUGAAGAAGCCGAAGGUAAUGCGGAGCUUAUCAAUCAUUGGUUUCGUCUACAGGCGUUAGCCGAUAUGCCUGAUCAGCUGGAGAGAGUGGAACGACUUUUAGAGCAUCCCGACUUCUCAUACACCAAUCCCGCCCGCUUGGGGGCCCUGUUCUUGACGCUCACGUCGUGGAACAGCAUGCAGUUUCACAGAAAAGACGGAAGGGGCUAUGAGCUCCUGGCCGACGUCGUUAUUCAGGUGGAUAAGCACAUCCCCAAAAUGGCGUCUAGACUUCUUAUUCCUUUGACUAAUUGGACUAACUUUGUUGAAAGCCGCCAAGAGCUCAUGAAAAAGCAACUCAGGCGAAUCUUAAAUCAGCCCUCUCUCUCUAUUAAUACAAAAGACUGGGCUUCCAAAGCGCUUGCCGCGAAUUGA